CGUAACAUUUAUUUUGGAAAAAAAGAGUCGAGCCAGAGGUGAGAGAAGAAUGGAGCAAAACGCUGAAGACUACAAGCUGAUCUUUGAGAAGGAGGGGGUGUAUCUCCACACAAAUGCAAAAAGGAGCAAUCUGGACAACACGAUCCCAGGAUUCAUCCGAAUUGUUGAGCGAGCUGGAGUUCCAGCGCUAGAGUGGAGCCCACUGGAGGAUGAGGGGCGCAGUGCUCCCGCUGUGCUUUAUACCAAAAAGGAUGGAGAAGGAGGGGAGGAGGAUACAAACUUUGACCCCGGAUAUGAACCUGACUGGGCUGUUAUCAGCACAGUGAAGAAAGACAGAGAGCAAGUCCCAGUCAGAGACUCAGGUCAGUGGUCGUUCUCUCUGCCACUCUCAGAGCUGUACUCACUCAGAAGAGCUCGCUUCUCAUUGGGUCGAAACUUCCUGGUGCUGACCAGUCGAGGGGGGCACCCGCUGCCUCCACUGCACUUCCACAGAGGAGGAACCAGGGAGCUGCUUAGGGCGAUGCAGCGCUACAUCAUCCUGGACCAGUCUCCGGUUGACGGGCGGCUCUUCCUUGCCUAUCCUCAUGACUCAGGCGCUCUCUCUCAGUCCUUCGACAAACUGCAGCUGUUCGACGAUGGAGGAUCGGAUCUUGUUUCGAGAUUUAUCCAGGACCCGUACGCCACCACCUUUGGCGGAUUCUCCAAAGUCACCAACUUCUUCAAGGCUGCCCUCCGACCUCCAGAUUCCCCUGUCCACCAUUCUCGUCCCACUCAGGAUCCCAGUUUGCCCCCUCAGUCUGAUGAUGAGCCUGGCUUUGAACUCAUCACAUGUGGGGUCGAGCUCGGUCCCAGACCACGUGUAACCAGGGGACAACCUCUGGAGAACUGGGAGGAGUUUCUGGACCCGGAGGGGCGAGUGAAGAACCCAGAACGGAUUAAAGAAAUCGUCUUCAGAGGGGGCAUCACGCCGCCACUGAGGAAGGAGGUGUGGAAGUUCCUGCUUGGCUUUUAUUCGUGGAACAGCACCAGCAAACAAAGGGAAGACAUUCUGCGGCUCAAAACGGAUGAGUACUUCAGGAUGAAGGUGCAGUGGAAGUCAGUGAGCGAGGAGCAGGAAAUGAGGAACUCUCUCCUCAGAGGAUACAGAAGCCUGAUUGAGAGAGACGUCAGCAGGACGGACAGACAUAACACCUUCUUCUCCGGGAAUGAUAACCCAGGACUGACUCUGCUUCAUGACGUGCUCAUGACGUACUGCAUGUACAACUUUGAUCUGGGUUAUGUCCAGGGGAUGAGCGACCUCCUGUCUCCGAUCCUCUUUGUCACUCAAAAUGAGGUGGAGUCCUUCUGGUGUCUGACGGGCUUCAUGGAGCUGGUGCAUCAGAACUUUGAAGAGUCUCAGGAGGCCAUGAAGCAGCAGCUCCUGCAGCUCAGUAUCCUGCUGAGGGCUCUGGACCCAGAGUUAUGUGACUUCCUGGACUCUCAGGACAGCGGCUCCCUCUGCUUCUGUUUCCGCUGGCUGCUCAUCUGGUUCAAGAGAGAGUUUUCCUUUGAGGACAUCCUCACUUUGUGGGAGGUCCUCUGGACUCGACUCCCCUGUGACAACUUCCACCUGCUGAUUGCCUGCUCCAUCCUGCAGUCCCAGAGAGGAGAGCUGAUUGGCUCUGACCACGACUUUAACACCAUUCUGAAGCACAUUAACGAGUUGACGAUGAAGUUGGACUUGGAAAGUGUUCUGCUGGGAGCCGAGGGUAUUUACCUACAGCUGAUUCAGUGCAAGGAACUCCCCCUGAAGGUACAGCAGGUCCUGGGUCUCUAUGUCCCAUCCAGCUCUGAGGAAGACAGUCCCAACUCCCAGGCCAGUGAGACAGCAGGCCUCCUUAGCCAAUCAGAAGCAGGCGCUGCGUCUUGUAGCUCAGCACGUGUCCCUACCUAUCCUUAAACCUGCAGGUCAGCUGAUGGACUGACACGAGUGUCCAGAAAGUAUUUAUAUAUAAGAAUUUAUAUAUAUAAACUGUAAAUGAAUGGAUUAGAAAGUGAAGACUGUUGUUACUCUUUGUCAAUGGCAGGGGGCGUUGUUGAAGCGUUUUUUUGUUGAAGUGUUCCCAUGAAUGUUAUGGUUGGCGUUUUUGAAACACUAUGACUGCGUGCAGUGCCCUGUCUCUCUCUGUGUUUAUGUCUCUGCUGAGGAGUACUGCCGAUCUUACUCACCUCCUCCCUCCUCUUCAUGCUGCUGUUUUAUCCUCUCAUACAUUAUUUAAUCAUUGCUGCCUGUUGUUUUCUAUCUCCCGUCCCCCUCGCCACUGAACCUGCAAAGGGAAGAAGAUGAAGGAUAAUUUCCUUUUAGUACUGUAUGAUGCCAUUCCAGCUCUAUGCAAACUCAUUGCAUGCCUUAUAGUUUUCACGAGUGGCGUGGUGAAAUUUACAUUAAGCCUUGUUAUUAUCUGUAUUAUGUUUAACCUUUUCAUCCUCUGAUUAUUACAAAUUAAAAUGUUGAA